CUGGGUGUCAUGGCUGCCGUCAGGUCGACUUGUCGUGUGCUGCUCUUAGUUUUUGGCGGGAUUUUACUUCUGCUGCCGGCAGUAACUGAUGGUCUUGCUGUUCUAUUUGAUGUGACAUGGGAUUCAGCAAUUAGCACGUGCCGUGAACGUGGCGGGAAACUGUAUAAUACUACGAAUACGUCUGCACUAGGUGACGUCACGCCUGGGUCAUACUGGAUUGGAGGGAAAGUUCAGUAUAGUUCGUGGAUGUGGACAGAAGAUAAAAAGCAUUUAUUUGAAUAUGCUGGAGAAAUGAAUGAGUCGUAUGCGACCUCUAAUCCUGUGUAUUCAAUCAUCUAUGAUAAUCAAGCAAGCCGCUGUUACUACGAAUGUCGACGUCAGCAACAUGACUAUAAACCGAUGUACGUUGGAUUACAGGAUAGCACGUGUUACUGUUUUGACUGGUCAAACCCAGGUAAUAUCACUACAGACAAUCGCACACAUCGUGGCUGUUUGGGCAACUUCAUGGAAUACUGCGGAACUGACAGUACAAUAAGCAUCUACCGCCCAGAGUUACUAAGGAGCUAUGCAUAUAUUACCUGGUUGUUGAGUCCUGAUGGAACCUGUGCUUAUAUAACACAAAGUUUAAACAUCAUUGUUAAAACCGAAGACAAUUGUAUGACACAAAAAGGAUAUAUAUGCAACUCUGGUUCAAGAUUGGUGAAUAACUAUCUCAACAGGGAAACAAUUCAACGUAUGGAUUGGCCAGCUUACUCCCCUGACCUCAAGCCAAUAGUGCAUGCUUGGGACAGUCUUCAGCAAAGAAUUUCUAAGCGACCACAAGCUCCUAAUACACUUCAAGAACUUGCAGACUCCUUGGAAGAAGAAUGGCACCAAAUUCCUCAAGCCGAGUUUCGUAAUUUGGUGCAAAGCUUCCCAAGGCGAUGCCGAGCAGACGCGGCGGUGUAUAUUGACAGACGUCUGGGUGCUUCCGUUGUAGUCAGAAAACGAGAAUCAGAUCACAAUAACUUCGACUUAGAAGGGAGUCUUCUCCUUGGAGGAAAUGAAGUCUUCCUGGAGCCUUCCAGUCAAGAAAAACGUGAUUCCGAAAAUGAUGCUAACACCCAUGACGUCACUCCGGUUGAGCCCAGUAUCGAUUAUGGAGACGAUUACAUUGUGAUUCCAAAAAGGAUAGCUGCAUCGAAGAUGGAGAUGGAGGAUUGGCUUUGUGGAAGGCAGCUACCUGCUUUGGUCAUCUUUUUCAUUGCCUGCAACUCCUAUGUGUGCUGGGAUCCACUGGAGGGUCACUUUUCGGCUUUGGGCAAGGAUGUUUAG